GAGGUGAUUGGAAGAGCUAUUAACUAUUGUUCUCACGGUCUCCAAAUGCAAAUGUGAAUUUCCCACGGGUCUGCUUUACGUUACAACUGUUAUUUUCCCAUCGUAGUGAUGAAAUGAAAUCUAAUUAACAUACAGACAGGAGAAUAUUUUAAAACCAGAAACGGCUUUCAACAUGGAAUGGACGAAUAAUUUGGAAUGUGCAAAUCUGUGUGUUACGUUCAACAGUGGAUAAAAUACUUACUGCGUGUGUCACUCCGUCAAGUACUGUUUUCACCGCGGAAUCUUUUGUCACUUUGUCCAAGUCUUAUUCUAAUGAACUAACAUUGAUUUUAAGAAAAUGAACGAACAGCAUUUAUAUGUUACCCAGAAUGGUUACACGUACAGCGUGGGGCCAGCCCAGUCCCACCACCUGAUGAGUUGCUCCCAGCCACAACAAAAUGGUCCCCACACCAGUCACGGCUUCAUGCAUCACAACAGCAAUGCUGGAUAUACCCUCCACCCUGCGGAGAGGUCCUACGUUGGGCGACCUGACCCUGGCCCUUCCUCGAGGUCAGAUCUAAGUGGUCACAUGGCACACAGCAGUUACGAAAACCCGAUGGACUUGUCCAGCAACAAGCCAGGAAGUUCUGGUCGACAUGUGAAGGAGGAGGGUCAUCACCAUAGUUACCUUGCUGGUAUGGGAACCACCCCUGUGUCAGUUGGAAUUCCUGAACAUGUGCAUGACCCCUCGCACAUUGUGGCUGGUUCCUUGACACCUCCAGAAAAGAUCAAUGGUGAUCACUGUACCAUGGCAACCACGAGUCCUUUGAGCAUCGCCACAGUGACGCAGGCUAUCCCAGCACCCCCCAGUCCCAUCUCCACUCCAUCACCACUUUAUGCCACCAACAGUUACAUAGACAGAGGCAAUUACCAGGACCAGAGACUGACAAAAGAAGCCAUGAGAAACUAUCUGAAGGACAGAGGGGACCAAGUCCUGGUUAUUCUACACGCCAAAGUGGCACAAAAAUCAUACGGCAAUGAAAAAAGAUUUUUCUGUCCACCCCCUUGUAUAUACCUCUUUGGAAAUGGCUGGAAGCGGAAAAAGGAGGCGAUCGAAGCAGAGGGGGGUACGGAACAAGACUCCACGACAUGUGCAUUCAUGGGGAUUGGAAACUCUGACCAGGAGAUGGUGCAACUUAACCUGGAAGGAAAGAAUUAUUGUGCAGCAAAGACUCUCUAUAUAUCUGACUCUGAUAAGAGAAAGCAUUUUAUGUUGACUGUGAAAAUGUUCUUUGGUAAUGGACAGGACAUUGGUGUAUUCAAUAGUAAACGGAUUAAAGUGAUAUCAAAACCAUCAAAGAAGAAGCAGUCGUUAAAGAACGCAGACCUGUGUAUUGCCUCUGGAACAAAAGUGGCACUGUUUAACCGGCUGCGCUCCCAGACUGUCAGUACCCGAUAUUUACACGUGGAGAAUGGAAAUUUCCACGCCAGCUCCACCCAGUGGGGAGCUUUCACCAUACAUUUAUUGGACGACAAUGAAGGAGAGUCAGAGGAGUUCACGGUCAGGGACGGAUACAUCCAUUAUGGAUCUACCAUCAAACUCGUUUGCUCGGUCACUGGAAUGGCACUGCCAAGACUUAUAAUCCGUAAGGUGGACAAGCAGACGUCGAUUUUGGAUGCUGAUGAUCCCGUGUCACAGCUUCACAAGUGUGCGUUUUACAUGAAGGACUCCGAGAGAAUGUAUCUGUGUCUCUCUCAGGAACGAAUCAUUCAGUUCCAGGCUACACCUUGCCCCAAAGAGCCAAACAAAGAGAUGAUAAACGACGGAGCCUCGUGGACAAUAAUCAGCACAGACAAGGCUGAGUAUACAUUUUUUGAGGGGAUGGGGCCAGUCAAGUCGCCUGUGUCUCCAGUACCAGUGGUCACCAGUUUACACCUGAAUGGUGGGGGAGAUGUGGCCAUGUUGGAGCUGAAUGGUGAAUUCCUGGCCCCGAACCUGAAGGUUUGGUUUGGAGAGGUUGAAGCAGAGACAAUGUUCCGCUGUGAAGAGAGCAUGUUCUGUGUAGUCCCCGAUAUAUCGGCCUUCAGAGCAGGCUGGAGAUGGGUACGCCAGCCUCUACAGGUGCCUGUUUUGCUGGUGAGAAGUGAUGGGAUUAUUUACUCCACUGGUCUGACCUUCACCUACACCCCUGAGCCUGGGCCUCGGCCCCACUCCCGGGAGGCAGAUCGGCUGUUGCGGCCUGGAGUGUCCAGUCCUGACUCCACGUCUACACCAAACUUCACCAAUCCUCUAUAGUGCCUUGUCCCAUCCUGGUCAUGUGAUCGGGUGAACAUUGAAACCAAUCAUGUGAUAUUUUUUAUUCAUUCAAUUUGACUAUGAAAUGUGUACUGUGCAAACACUACGUACAACAGUAUAUGUGACUAGUGACUGCCAGCCAACCCUAUCAAAAUCUUUCAUCAUCUCGGAUAGAUGCAUUUGAAUACUGCCUUCAUCUUUCUUUAACUAUGAGUACAGAAAUACCAUAAAAAAUCCAUUUAUUUUUUUUUUGACUGAUGAAAGAGAUGCCAAAGUGCUUAUUGAAUCUAUUUUUUCAGGGUUUUCUGAUGUCUAUCAUAAGUUAUCGCAAGCAUUAACUAAUUAUCUAAUACUGUAGAUAAAACCAAUUAAGAUGUACAAAGUGGUUUGUUUUUUACAUGUGUAAAUUUUAUCAUCAACAGCAUUUAUUGUUAGUUGAGUUAGCAAUUCACAUGUAUGUAUGAUGUGCUUUAAUUAUGCCAGUCUUUUUUAUGUAUUCUGUGCUUAUAUGUUGAUAGUGCUUUCAAACUGUUACCAUAGAAACCAUGUCACAAAGUGACAAGUGUCUGACGUUAGCCUCACCCCACUGUGUGUCUGAAGCGUGCCAGUAUUUACAUGAAGUCAUCUAUUGCAAUACCACAGCGUUAAAUCUUAUUGUGUCAUUUAUCUUAUCCAUCCUGAUUCAGUUUUUUUUUGUUUUGUUUUUUUUUUUAGUUUCAAUAGAAAACCCAGAACAAAUUACAAAUCUCUUCAGCAAAAUUUUCACUCUCAAAAACAACCAGUGUGAUUUGAAUUAAAUCAUUGGAUAUCAGAAGCAGUUCUUGUUCAUCAAGCAUAUUUUUUGGUUUAUACUAUCAUAAAGUAACACCCACUCACCCCCAUUUAAAAUCGACAUUGUUGUUUACGUGGGAAUUUUUAUGAAAAAGAUUUGAAUUUGUUCUGAUUUCAUUAUUUAUGCAUGAAUGAAAUGGGCAUUGACUAUUACAACCAAUAUUAUAAUUAUUGAGGUAAUUAGGUCUACUUUGCCAUCAGUAUAAAAUUGCCAUGUGUAUGUGACAACUGUUCAGAAGUCCUUUUAAUAUCUCUUUGUGGCAGCUCUAUCACCGUCAGCUUGUUCAAGAGAAUGAAUUUGUCACCGUUUUCUUUGUUAACUACAUGGAGUCCUAUUUGUCAAACAGAAUCCAAGAGUUUUUGGGGGGUAAUAUUAUUAUUUAUUCAGUUUUGAUUUUAAUACUUUGUACUUUUUAUUCCCCAAUUUUUAUAAAAACCAUUAAAUAAAACCAUACGAUGUUGUGAUGCAUCCUUAUUUCCUUGCCGAUUGAUUUUUUUCCUCUGAUGUGAUAAAUCUGGUGUGAAUUACGGCUUUAAGGCCAAACUUGAAGCAAUUGUAUGAACAAUGGCAAUCUAAUCUACUAUCUGGCAUACAAAUCACACUUUACAUGGUAACAACUAAUAUAGUCUAUCUAGUGUGUUUUAUUGGGGCCAAUUCUCAUAGUUUUCAGAUUGUGCAUUUUUUUAAUAUAUAUAUAUAUAUUUGUCGGCAAAAAAUAGAUAUCAAGAUUUUAACAUCUACAUGAAAUGUUAACUUUUUGCAUAUGUAAUUGUAUUCUUAAUUUGAAUAGGGAUACCAAUUUUUUAACGGUCAAUUUUUAGUUAACCUGUAAUGGAAAGAGGAAUGAUUCCAAAAUUAAGUGGCUGAACCUGGGACUUGAACCCCGGACACCUGCAUCAUUAGUCAGGUGCUAUACCGCUGAGCUAUCCUGGUUGAUGUUCUUGGUUCAUCUGCCACCUUGCCACUGCUCUUAUGACAAUCACACAUCAUUUUCUCUUUCAUUUUAUGAACAUAAUUUGUAGUGGAUAUAAUUUUGGAGUGGAUCACUGCCCCCCACUCUCUAGUUCUCUGCAAGUGGCAGUGGACGGUCGUCGAUAUUUUGUCCCAGUUUGAGUGGAUCACUGCCCAUUUUCUGGUUUCAACAUGUUUGUGUUUGUAAUUAUUUUGUCCCAGUUUUCCGGAAGUGCCAGUAGCAACCACGUGAUUUGUCAGUUAUCGUUCUCUGAAAGUGAAAACAGACAAAUUUCUGUUCAUUACUUGUUUACUUGUACAUUUGAUUGUAGUUACUGAAUAAAUACCUCAAUUAUAAAUUGAAAUAAA